AUGAGCAAUCUCUUAAACCCAAUAUUUGCAAGCGAACAAGAGACCUCUAAUGGCUCUUCGGCUACUAAUACACGUCGUCAGCCCCCAUUAAUGACGAGUAGCAUCUCAUUACUACCGCCCGAAGUUCUUAAUGCACGAGUUGAUUUUAGUAACCAGGGUCUAAGCGAUGCUGAAAUUCGUAAACGUGAAAGCGCAGCCGCAUUUUCGAAAUUCAAUUUUCAUCCUGUUCCUCCUGUUCGUCCUGUUCGUGCUAACAAUACUGUCAAGAGACGAUUGCUUCAUCCCAUAUCUCCGCAGAUCAAUAAUCCUAAUUAUAAUCAGUCAUCUUCGUCGCUGUCGCCCGGGCAUUCAUUAUUUAAUUCAGUGCCAAUAGAUCAAAUAGCUACGAGGAAUAGCAAACUCAAUCAAAUGUUUGCUACAUCAACGUCAAAUUCCCAAGAGCCAAUGAAACACCCUCCUUAUAAUUAUUCGUUAAAUUCAGGCAAGAAAUUUGAAUUAGCAUUGUAUUCGAGGGACAAUCUUGUCGUUAGUGCUCCAACUGGAGCAGGCAAAACCGUCAUUUUCGAACUUUCAAUGAUCAAUCUAUUAAUGCAGAACAUUGGAGCAAAAAUGGCGUUGUGCUCCGAACGUUCUCGUGACUGGCAAACAAAAUUCAAAACCAUUGGGGUGUCUUGCGGUGAAUUGACAGGAGACACGAAUCAGGCGCAUAUUAAUGAUAUAAAAAGAUGUGAUAUAAUUGUCACUACACCAGAAAAAUGGGACUCGAUGACGCGUCGUUGGAAAGAUCAUGGGCAAUUACUCGAGCUGUUGAAACUUUUUAUGAUAGAUGAGGUGCAUAUGCUGAAGGAAAAGCGAGGUGCUACUUUGGAGGCAGUCGUUAGUAGGAUGAAAACGAUGGGAAAUGAUAUUCGGUUCGUUGCGUUAUCAGCAACAGUACCAAAUGUCGAUGAUGUGGCAUCAUGGAUUGGUUCUAAUACGGGUCGAAGUGCCAAAGUAUUACAUUUUGGGGAGGAGUACCGUCCAGUGCGAUUGGUCCGUCAUGUUCUCUCUUUCCCGAUGGAAAAUUGCAAUGCUUAUAUGUUUGAUAAGAAAUUAGAUUACAAGUUCUUCUGUGCCACCAGAAAAUCUGCAGAAGCUGCUUGCAGCGCUCUUUUAAAACAAAUUCAGGAUUCUGGACAUAGACUCGCCAUAAAGCCGCACUCGAGAAUUAUCACAAACAAAGAUAAAAAACUACAAGACCUAUGCAAACAUGGUGUCGCUUACCAUCAUGCAGGACUUGAUACUGAAGACCGAAAACUCGUCGAAAGCACAACAUCUACAUUAGCGGUUGGGGUUAAUUUACCUGCACAUCUUGUUAUAAUUAAAUCGACUCUCACGUGGAAUAAUCAACAAUACGUUGAAUAUUCCGACCUGGAAAUACUUCAAAUGUUGGGUCGAGCUGGGCGACCUCAAUUUGAUGAUAGUGGUGUAGCCGUAAUAAUGACCAGCAACGAAAUGAAAGAUAAGUAUGAAAAUUUAGUAUCAGGGACUGAGCUGUUGGAAAGCAGUUUACAUGAGAAUUUGACCGAACAUCUGAAUGCGGAGAUUUCUUUGGGCACCAUUCAUCACAUCAAUGCAGCUAUGGCCUGGCUCAGGUCGACGUUUUUAUAUGUGCGAAUAAAAUCAAAUCCCACUUAUUAUAAGAUGAAUACAGAUGAGGGAGGGAGUGAACUGCAGCAUCAAGAUCAUCAAAAUUUCGAAAAACAACUUGAAGAGAUUUGUGCUAAAGAUCUGGACAUUUUGAAUGAUUCGGGUAUGAUUAUUCGCAGUGGCGACAAUUUGAAAAUAACUGAGUAUGGAGAGGCAAUGGCCAAAUAUUAUGUAAAAUACAAAACCAUGGAAGAGAUCGCCAAACUGCCAUCAAUGGCAUCGCUUUGUGACAUUCUCGAAAUGCUAUCUAAGGCAGCAGAGUUCUCUGAGCUUCGUUGUCAUCAGGGUGAAAAACAGGUAUUGAACAACCUUAAUAAGCAUCCGCAGAUUAGAUUCCCUCUCAAAGGAAAAGUUACUCGUGUCGAUCACAAAGUCUAUGUCAUGAUUCAGUGCACGUUGGGUCAUAUUGCUUUCUCGGAUCCUAAAAUGGGCUUUCAAAUGAAUAUAGAUGCGAAUAUAAUCUUUCAACACUGUCCUCGCAUAAUGAACUGCAUCGUCGAAUGCAUGGUCCAAAAACAAGAUGUGAUUACUCUACGUAACGCAAUAGAUUUAGCUCGUUGCUUGAGAGCAAAGACUUGGGAAAACUCUCCGUUUAUUUUGCGUCAGAUAGAUGGAAUUGGUCCACAAUAUGCUCGCCAUUUUGCGAAUGCUGGAAUACAGACAUUCGUUGAAUUAGAGAAAUGUGACCCAAGGCGGAUUGAAAUGAUAGUUAGUCGUAAUCCUCCUUUUGGAAACCAAAUUCACGAUGCAUUGGCUAGCAUACCAAGGUUCAAACUUGACAUAUCAAAGUAUUCCGAGUACAAUAAACCAACGGAAGUUGAACUUUUUGUUGAGAUUAGCACUAUUAAUCAGAAACUCAAGACCAACGAUAAUGGAAUGAAUAUGUUUUCUACGUUCUUGGCGGCGACAUCGGAUAAUAAGUUUGUGGACUAUCGCAGGUUUCCAGUAUUUAAGGCACAGCAAGGAUAUAAAUUUAGGUUUAAAGUGAAUAUUACUAAAGCUAAUCAACUGAUACAUUGUUCGGUAUUGCUGGAAGAUUAUGUUGGAUUGGACGUGUUGCAAAGAGUUGAUCCAGAGCUCGAUCCCACCAAACUGAAGUUUAAUAAUUCAAUUCCUGCGUUUCUCAGUCAAGGAUCAGUUGGGCCGCCCCCGAAUCAGGCGAUAUUUAACGAAACGAACAAUUUGUUUAGUAACAAUAAUAGCGAAGUAUUGAUGUUACGUGAUCAAAACAAUAUGAACAUCGAAUAUUCGAGUCAUAAUCAAGAUCAGAAUUUCGACCAAAUUGGCGGUGAUUCACAGGAUAUGGAAGUAAUGGAACUCGACAAUAAUACCAAUAGUAAUAACGACUAUAAUGAUUCUGACUUGCUACCUAAUGGUCGAUUCAAAUGUGCUCAUGAAUGCUGUAAAGUAGGCUGUAGGCACCGACCAAAGAAACGUAAACUCCAAUCCGCUUCAGCAAACACAUCAACGGAAAUUGUCAAUCCAGAAGAAAAGAAAGUCAGAUCAAAUAAUCAGAACCACGUGAUUCCGAUCUCCUCAUCAUCGACUAAUCUCAACCUUGUGUCGACUUUGCCAGUAGAUGAAGAGAUCAAUAAGAUGGACUAUGAUAAUACAACAGCAAAUCAGGGUUUGGUGACUUCAUCCAAAGAUGAGAAUGACGAACUUUUUGAUGAUUUCAACGACCAUUCGGAUAGCUUAAAUGAACAAUUUUUCACUUCGAAUGAUAAUAAUACAAAAUCAAUAUCUCAAGCAAGUCGGUCUGAUAACAACCCAUUCCAAACAAGCCAGUCUGAUAAUAUAUUUCAAGCGACUCAUGAAACAACUGCUGCUAAUCUCAAAAGAUCCACAAGUUCACUACCUGUUGAGCAAUCGCAUCCCACCAAUAUACCAAAUUUUUCAUCAUCAAAAAGUUUUUCAUUCUUUGAUACGAGACCACUUUCAAUAACAACCAUCACCACUCAAAACUCCUCGCAAAAGGAUCAUCAAAAUAAUCAACGGGAUAAUGAAACUGCUUCUAAUUCUCAUAUUAUUGACGAGUAUCAGAAAACUGCAUUAUAUUCUAAUGACACCAAAAAGCUGAGUGAACAACGACGCCCCGAGAUUACAAAUCUUGGUCAUGACGUGAAUCCGAUACCUUCUUCUGUCUCCGCCACACGUAAAGAGAAAUCUUUGGUAGACGAAUCUCCUAACAUUUCAAAUCCUCACGGUGGAUUUGAUGAUGAUUUCCUAACGUGGCUAAAUAGUAACACUGUGUCAUCGUCAACCGCAUUAUCACAGGGAGCGAAAACAACGGACAAGAGUCACAAGCAAAAUGAGAUUCCUAUCGAAAACAUGACCAAGGCAGAUGUACAAACAUCCUCCUCGUCAAGAUCCAUGAAUAAUAAUAAAUCAAGUGCCGUGGACGAUGUCCUCUCGAUAUUCGAAGAAAUUUUAUUCUAA